AUGAUGUUUCGUCUUGUUCGAUAUCGCACUCCGCAACUGCUGCAGUGCUGCAGUCAACAGUACUUUUUUGCUGUUGCCAACAAGGGUUCGCUGAGUGAAAAGGAAAUUGAAAUUCUGAAGAAAAAAACACCAAAAGGUAAAUUGGACCGUUACGGGGAAGAGGAAGAAGAUCGGAAGCCAUACGAGGAUCCGGCACUUCCGAGACAUCCUGGAGGUGUAAAUCCGCUGACUGGUGAAAUUGGUGGUCCAGCUGGUCCUGAGCCAACACGUUAUGGUGAUUGGGAGAGGAAAGGACGAUGCAUCGAUUUUUGA